CCGUAAGACCAGCUUACUCUGCCCCAGCACCACACCUUUCCUUCCUCCUCUCAUUACAGAGAAUAAGAGCUCAUCGGAGACACAAACGCGAACCAACUGACCAAAGCAGACAGCUAGCCAUGGGCAAGGACUGCGGCAACCACCACCACGACCACUUCCGGAACGGCUGCCGGCGCCUCCUGAAAGUGCUCCUGGGCCUGGCCUUCAUCCUCGCCGUCAUCGCCCUCAUCGUCUACCUGGUGCUCCGCCCCACGCACCCGGGCUUUUUCCUCCAGGACGCCUCCCUCCGGCAGCUCGACCUCUCCAACUCCACGGGCCUCCUCUCCACCUCCCUCCAGGUCACCGUCGCCUCCCGCAACCCCAACGACCGCGUCGGUGUCUACUACGACCGCCUCGACGUCUACGCCUCCUACAAGGACCAGCAGAUCACCGUCGCCGCCUCGCUCCCGGCGGUCUACCAGGGCCACGGCGACGUCGACGUAUGGUCACCAGUGCUCGACGGGCCCAACGUGCCCUUCGCGCCGUACCUCGCCAGCGCCAUCUCCCAGGACUGCCAGGCUGGCCACCUCGUGCUCCAUGUCAAGAUCGACGGCCGCGUCAGGUGGAAGGUCGGCAGCUGGAUCUCUGGCCACUACCACCUCUUCGUCACCUGCCAGGCCUUGCUCGAGACCGUCAGCGGAAACGGCGCACCAGAGGCAAGCGGGUUCAAGUUCCAGAAAACCACUGGCUGCCACGUAGAGGUCUAGUUUAUCACAGCUAGCUCCGGCGGUCUGGUCGCCGGCAAGAGGUAGUUUCUUCUUGGCUUGUGUCCACUCCAUACUCCAUAGUGACCGCAGAAGCACAGAUCGGUGGUAAUAAUUACUCUAUUAUGUGGGGUUAUAAGUGUAAAGCAGGGGUGCAUGGUUUACCGUUUACUUACGAGAAGUUAACACGACUAGUACAAUGCCCGUGCGUUGCCACGAGCUUUUGAAA